UACAUUGCGUGCAUUGUCUUAAUAGAUUUCAUCGCAGGAGUUUUAGGAAUUAUGGGAGGGAUUCUUCAACUUGUUAUGGUGAAGCACAUGAAGAAUGUGUCAAAUUGCCAGAGAGGCAUUGGCAGUGGCGUGGUUACAUUGGGCGGAGCUGCGGCGGCGUCUCUCUUUGUGGCGGGGGUCAUGCUUCCCUUGCUUUCCUACUUCAGAUCAAAACAAUGGAACCAAAUGUCAACACUCUUUGUCGUCUUGAGAUUCUUCACAUUUCUUUUAGCAAUGUUCCUAUGUGGGUAUGGACAAGCAUUGAAAAGCACGGUUGAAGGAAAGUGUAAGAUCGUACGCCCUGGCGUUUUAUUCUCUCAAGGACUGCUUUGCUUUCUCCUCCUAGCCCUCACCAUAUUUCUUAUCAAACCAUUGUCAAAGGAGAACAAGACUAGUGAAGAAGCAUGAUAUAUAUAUAUAUAUAUAUAUAUAUACCCACACACACACAUUGUUGACAUUACUCUAUACUUAACGAUUAGUAAGUACAGAGUAAUUAGCAACUUGAUAAUUGUAUAA